AUGCCAACAUACAGAAAUUUUGCUGAUAUAAUAGCUGAUGGUCAUUUAGAUAAACGAGAAUUUACUAUAGUUUGUCAUUUAAUUGCAUCUCAACUGGAUAAUAUGGAUGUACUUUAUUCAUUAUUAGAUGUUGAUAAUCAACGACUUGAUAUUAUAUUACAAGAAAAUACUUUUACUAAUAAUCUUAAGUUUGUAUUAACAACAUUAACUGAUGAUAUUUCCUCAAUUGUUGAUCCAAUAUUAAAUCGAUUUUGCAUAAAUAUCUUACCAAAAAUUCAUUACAAUGUUAAAUCUCUUAUUCUUGAUUCAAUAUCUAUGGAAAAAAUUCUUCUUGCUGGUGAUUAUCCUAAUUUAACUCAACUUAAACUUUUCAAUUUUAAUGGAAAAAUUGUUUCACGUUAUUUUACAGAUAAAUCACCUUUUCGAUAUAUUUUUCAAGAACAAAUUACAGAUCUUAUUCUUGUAUUCGAAAAGAAUUUUAAUGCAACAUCAAACACAUUUUAUAUAACCAAUUUAUAUGAAUAUGUUUUCAAUUUAUUCGUAAAUCUUAAACAUUUCUCUAUUUUUGAAUUAUUUCCAUAUCGUUUUCCAUGUUUGAAAUUUCGUCAAUUACCUUUAACUAUUUGUUUCUCUUCAACUCUUUGCAAAUUAUCUCUCUAUAUUCAAAAUCUUCAAGAUUGUUAUGCUUUACUUGAUGGUCGUCUUAAACAAUUAACUACAUUAAUUGUUCAUAUUGUUCAACCAGACUAUUUAGAAUAUUAUUCAUUAAAUAUUAAUAAUAUGUUUGUGAUCCGAAUUGCCCCACCUGAGUGUACAUAUGAUCAUAUGAUAUUACCUCUUUUUCGUCGUAUGUUAAAUCUUGAAGAAUUAACUUUGUCUAUUUUUAUUCAAGAUCGACCAUUUAUCGAUGGUACUUCUCUUUAUAAUGAAAUUCUUGUUUAUAUGCCACGACUUAAUAUAUUUAACUUUUGGAUUUGUACUGAAAAAUUGAUAAAUGAUUCAAUUCAUCAUUUAUCUAAAGAUGAUAUUCAACGAACUUUUACUAAUAUUAUAUUUCAACAAGUGGAAUGUAUUGUCAAUUACUUUUAUCAUUUUGCUCAAUUUCAUGUUUUCUCAUUACCAUUUAUGUUUAAUUAUUUCAAUUUUAUUGGUAAUACAUUUCCAACUAUUAUUUUCAAUUAUGUUCGAAUUUUACGAGUGCAAGAUAAUGUUCCAUUCGAACAUGAAUUUUUCAUUCGAAUUGCUUGGUCUUUUCCAUUACUUCAACAAUUAACUAUUAAUAAUAUUAGACCACAAUCAUUAUUAUCAGACGAAUUAAACUCUAAUGAUAAUCAAUUAUAUUCAAUUGUUAAUUAUCCUUAUCUUAUUUCACUUUGCUUUGAAAAUGUUCAUAAUGAUUAUGCUGAACAAUUUCUAAAUGAUACAAAAACACAUUUACCUCGCCUAACAAAAUUAAUAAUUAAUUAUGAUCAAUUACAACUUGUAACGGAAAAUUUUACAAGAGAAAGAACACGACUCAAUUGUGCCAAUGUCAAUGAAUUAAAUCUUAUGAUGCAAACAAUAGUACAUUCAAAAGACUUCUAUGUUUAUUUUCCUUUGUUGUAA